AUGCCUCGAGUCGCCCAAGUGCCCCGUGCUGGCAACGUCAAGUCGACGUCUGGCUCAGCGGCAUCGCCCUUCAAGUCGCCAAUCAAGAUACCCCUCAAUGACGAUGCGCAAGAACGAGGCCAACGAAUGAACUCGCGCAAGGCCCUCCACGAGCGACAAUACAACGAGAUUAGAGCAGCGGCAUCUACGCCGCGCAAGAGCAGCGUCAGACUGGAGGACCGCGAGAAUGCAUCCCCAGGGUCCGACCCCAGGACCCCGCGGGGAUCGAGACCGACGCUGCUGGAGGACGAUGACGAUGCCAUGGUCGUGGGCUCUGGGGUCACGCCUAUGAAGCGAGUCCCUAUCCUAGCCAACUUUGAGGAGUGGAUGAAGAUGGCGACGGACAACAAGAUCAACGCGACAAACUCCUGGAACUUUGCGCUCAUUGACUACUUCCACGACAUGUCCCUGCUGAAGGAAGGCGACGGCGUCAACUUUCAAAAGGCCAGCUGCACGCUCGACGGCUGCGUAAAGAUCUACACCAACCGAAUUGACAGUGUUGCGACAGAGACGGGCAAGCUGCUGAGCGGCCUGGCAGACAGCGCCAGCAACAAGAAAAAGGACCACGAUGGGGCGGAAGCUGAAGGCGAGAACGAAGACGAGGAUGACCUGGAUGAGGACGGCAAUCCGAAGAAGAAACCCAAGAAGAAGUCGGCACGCUCCGAAGCCACACUCGCGCCUUCGUUUGCCUCAAUACAGUUGAAGAAGUUUGAACUGGAGUUCUCAGUUGACCCGCUCUUCAAGAAGGCAUCUGCCGACUUCGACGAAGGUGGGGCGAAGGGCCUACUACUCAAUCACCUCAUGAUCGACUCUCAGGGUCGCAUUGUAUUCGACAGCAGUGACGACUCGGUGGAUGAGGCCGCCAUUGGUAGGAAGGACGAGGAGAAGGACGAUGAAGAAAUGGGGGAUCAAACGCAAGCCGAAGACGAGUCGAUGCACGUGUCAAAGAUGGACCUCGGCCAAGACGUGGAGGUUCCCGAGUUGGAUGAAGACGACGACGAAGCCAAUGUCGAGAUCGAUCUGAAUGCUAUUCGCCAGCGAUUCUUCCCCGACCUCAGCCGGCUGGAUGAGCUCGACGUGUGCCCUUCCCUGAAAACCUUUGAUCUUGGCAAUCCGUCAGGCACCACCGACAUCCCCUUCCUCAAUGCUCUCGAUGACUGGAAAGAUCAGGAGAAGGAGAAGACACCUGGUGCCUUUGGCGACGAGUCUGGCAUGGUCAUUGAGGGCGACAACGCGUUCGACGACGAUGAUCUUGGACUGGGCAGCUUCGACAUUGGCGGCGACGUAUCAUUUGGCGAGGGCGGUCAAGCCUGGGCUCGGGAAGCCAAUCUGGAGCCGCAGAUGCGACCCUUCAACGCUGGCUUUGGCGGUGAGGAUGGCGAAGGCGACGGGUUCGAUGAUAAUGCGGAUUUUGCCGUGACCAUGCCCAAGGGGCGUAAAGACGAGCGCUUGCAGGACGACAUUCUGAGCUUCUUCGACCAAGCGCUCCAGAAGAACUGGUCAAGUGCCGAACACUGGAGAAUCCGCAAGAUCAAAGAUGGAGACAAGCCAGCUACCGAGACCAAGAAGCGGAAGGAGAAGGAGCCGUUUGAGAUCGAUUUUGCGGCGCCAUUCGACACCAACACUUACGAUAUACUAUACACACAGGCCUCGUCCAAUGCGACUAUCAGCAUGCCCAAGAAGGACUGGAAAUCUAAAUCAAGGAAUCUCCUCCCCGACGACAAACACUUCAGCUCGAAAUCACUGCUCAGUUUGUUCCUCAAGCCCAAAGCACGCAUUGGUCGCAAGAGACUGGGGUUCGGUGGCGGCAAAGCUGGCUUCGGCCAUGCGCAUGAAGAUGCUGCGCAAGCGGGUGACAUGGAUGAGGCGUUCUGGGCGCGGCAGAAUGCGCCUCAAGAUGACCUGGCGGCGAUACCGACGGGCGACUACGACGCCAACUUCUUCCAAGAUGACGCGAUGCCUUUUGCUGGAGGUGACGAUCUCGAUGAUGAGGACCUGGAGUUUGCCGAUGCCAGGGAGCACUUCUCUCCCGAGGGUGAUUUGGCCAUGACACAGGGGAUGGGCAUCACUGCUCUCCUAGGAGGGGAUACGACAAACGCGGCUAAUGGAGCGUACGGCACACACCUCAUCACGUCGACGAGGAGAGUGCGGCCAGAAUAUGUCAACUUUGCGCGCGUAGCGAAAAAGGUAGACGUACGACGGCUGAAGGAGGAGAUAUGGCGCGGCAUGGCUUUUGACAAACUUGAGGAACCUCCCGCAGAUCGACAACCGCCAGCGCAAGAAGGGUCAGAAGCCUCCUCUACCGCGGAUGACCCAACGCUCAAAUUCACCAAUGUCAUGAAUGGCUUGCAAUCUGCAUAUGACAAGGAGAAGAUGGCCGAUAUCUCCACGUCGUUCUGCUUCAUCUCUCUUCUGCAUCUGGCCAACGAAAAGGGCCUUGUGAUUGAGAAGACGCCAGACUUGAGAGAGCUCACCAUUCGCAAAGACUGGACGGCAGAGGUAUCAGAAGGUGAUCAUUGA